AUGUUAUAACCAUAAGACAAAAUUAUUCAAAAUUGUUUAAUUUUUGAUUUUAUUAAUCUUAUAUCAGUUUGGAUUAUUAAUCCUCAUUUUCCAAUUCAUUCUAAAUAUGAUAAUGGUCCUUAAAGUUCAUCUAAUUAAUAAUUUAAGGAUAUGUAAUUUGAAUUUAGUAUAAUAAUUUAAAACAAAACCGGUCUGAUUUUAAUAGAGAUUUUAUUUCAUGUAUUUUAAAUUUGGUUCAAAUCAUAUUUUAUUUAAAGCACAACAUAAUUUGACCAAAGAGAUUUGCGCGAUUAAAAUAGAAAAGCAAAAUCAAGAAUUGGAUAAAUAGAAAAUGAAGUUGGAAAGAUAGAGAUUUAAAGUAUUUGUUUUAUACAAUUUAGUAAUUUCUUAGUCAUACCAAUACUAUAUUGCAGUCUUAAGAUCUUAGAAAAUCAAAUUAGGUAUCUCUUAGUACAAUUCUUUCUAUUUGAUUAAGAUUAUUACACACUAUAAAGUAGGUUCAAUAAGGAGGAAUCCUUCACCUUGA